AUGGUUUAUUCAAAUCAGCAACAAAAUCGUUAUUCCAUUGAUAAUAUAAUCGGUCAAUUACCUCAAUCAUGUUAUCAUCAUCAAUGUUCAUGUCCAGCUACACAAGUUGAUCUAUUAUCCAACGUGCACUUCAUAUCGAAAGAAAAUCUUCGUCAUCAACGUAUUCCACCACCACUAUCAACGAAUAUGAUUCCAAUCAAUUCGCCAGCUCGUAGCAAACGUGGUACUCUAUCAAGUGAUCCAGAUGAUGAUGAUUUUCAACUUGUUUCACAUCAAAAAAAAAAAAACAAACGGACAUACUCAAACGUCAACAACAACAACCAAAUACUAAUGUUAAUAUUAAUAACCCCACAACAAAUACAGUACGAUCCACAGCUUCAAAUACAACUACAAA